AACAAAAAAAAUUGUAGAAAACAACACCGUUAAAAUUCUAGUUUUGGACUCUUUUGUUUGCAGCUUCAAAAACAUUUAUAGGUCCUUGCAAAAUUUCCAGUACAAAAAUAAUAUGUGUGACGCAAAAUCACUUUUCGGUUCAGAGCCGUACUUUAGAUCUUUAAACAAAUUUCCUGUUGUCAAUGAUCCCACAAUUGUGGAGGUGCUAUUGCUAGGUUUCGUCUAUAUAGUCGCAUACAUAUUUCUGUUGCAUCUCUUUGUUGUGAUACUAACGACUAUCUAUUUCUGUGUCAGUAAGCUCUUCCGUUCAAAAACUAAUAUAGAUUGUGCCGUGCCUUGUUGUGAGCCGCGUCAAUUGGGAGGAGGAGGAAAUUACCCGCCUUAUAUUGUGUCACGUCCUCGAAGAGUGAUGAAGACAACUUGUGCAAAGCAAUCUCAAACCGAGAAGAAGACUGCUAGGAAGAGGACGAUUGGUGUUGGUACAACGAAAUCUAGGACUAUGGUUUUUAAACCUCUAUCUAAACCAAUUUUGAAAAAGUGUCGCCAAAUUGGUAAGCAAAAGAAAAAUGUGACUUUUGCACUCGGAACCAAAUAUUAAAGAUAUUUGCCGUUAUAAUAGCAUAUGAGAUGCAUUCAGAACAGUAUAUAUGAAGAGAUCUAUAACUUUAUUGACCAUGAAAUGCUGCAAAAUUUGCAAGUACUUACAUUUUGUAAUGUUUUCGCUCUACUGUCAGAUAUACUAACAAAAUUAUUCCAUCAAAAAUAAACAAAAUAUCACAACUAAAGUCUAUUAUUUAAGUUACUCGUAUAUAAGCAAAAGUAAUAAACGAUUAUACA